AUGGGGAUCACACACCAGAUUGUGUCGGAUAACGGGCCACAGUUUACCUCCGAAGUUUUCAGGAAAUUGACGAAGGCAAACGGAAUCAAACAUGUGACUGGAGCACCGUAUCACCCUUCAACGAACGGGAUAGCGGAAUACUUGGUGCGGACUUUCAAACGAGCCGACCACACCGAGAUUACAACACAGCACAAACUAGACAAAUUUUUGUUCGCCUACCGUACCGCUCCACAUGCCACGACAGAACUGAGCCUAGCAGAACUCAUGUUCGGACGCAAUCUGCGAACUAAGUUGGAUUUGACGAGACCGGACGUGAAAACAACGGUAGAUGACAAGACACUAAAGAACGAGAGCAAACCACUAAGAUCAUUUCAAGCCAGACAGAGCAUAAUGGCCAGGAACUAUAGGCAAGGGCCGAAAUGGCUGCCAGGAACAGUCAUAGAACGAACAGGACCAGUCUCUUACACCAUACUCGUCAACGAGUCAGUUCACAGGCAACACACUGACCAGCUGCGGUCGGGAUAUAACACUGUGGUGGGAGAGCGGGCGAUCGGACACAAUCCGACGGAAUACCAGGAAACACCGGUCGCAACAGGAAUUAUAGCACCCACACGGGCAAUAUUCCAGACAAAACUAGUGGCGUCACCGGUACCACCACCCACCGACACGACAACGCUCGAGGAGACACUCUCGCAAGAAGACACCGCAGUAGAAUCACCAUUCACAGAAGACAACGCAGUCGAAUCACUGCUCAAAGCAAGAACCACCCGAUCUGGAAGAAAGAUACGGACACCAGAAUGGCCAAAAGACUACCAGGUCAUGAUGCUAGAAACUUUAGUUUAG